AGGCCACAGCUUGGGCUGAUGAGUCAGGAGCAUCCCCUGCCCUUCCCUCGGGCGUGUGCCGGCGGGGGGGGCAGGUUCCGGGCUGAGGGCUGGCAAUGCUGGCUGUUUCCUUCUGCGCUGCCUUUUGCUGGUCUGCCGUGUGAAACAGCACAGGUGAAACCUCCAAAAGCACUUUCCCUUCAGGCUGUGAUGGGAUUGGUCUGGUGGUUGCUGCUCUGUGUCCCCACGCUGUCACCCAUAAUUGCUGGGGGUGUGACACGAGUCUAUUACCUGGGGAUCCACGAGGUGGACUGGAACUAUGCUCCCACAGGGAGGAAUGUGCUCGCUAACCAGAGUGUUGCUCAUAACAGCCAGGCCGCAGCAUUCCUCCAGCCUGGGAAAGACAGGGUGGGAAGCACGUACAAGAAAUCUGUCUAUAAGCAAUACACGGACUCCACGUACACCGCUGAGAUCCCCAAGCCUGGCUGGCUGGGGUUCCUUGGGCCUGUCAUCCGAGCAGAAGUGGGGGAUACCCUUAAAGUACACCUAAAAAAUUUUGCUACUCGACCGUAUACAAUCCAUCCUCAUGGUGUUUUCUACGAAAAGGACUCCGAAGGAUCCCUGUAUCCCGAUAUGUCCCCCCAGGAUCAGAAGAAGGAUGAUGCUGUUUUCCCAGGAGGGAAUUACACCUAUACUUGGACUAUCCCUGAAGAUCACAGCCCAACUGCUGAUGACCCAAACUGCUUGACCUGGAUCUACCACUCUCAUAUUGAUGCACCAAGGGACAUUGCAUCUGGAUUGAUUGGGCCAUUACUUACAUGUAAAAAAGGAAUACUGACUGGCAGCUCUCAAAGGCGCCAGGAUGUGGAUGUUGAUUUCUUUCUGAUGUUCAGUGUGGUGGAUGAGAACCUAAGCUGGUACCUGGAUGAGAACAUAGCAUCAUUCUGCAUAGAUCCUGGCUCUGUAGACAAAGAAGAUGAGGAAUUCCAGGAGAGCAACAAAAUGCAUGCUAUUAAUGGUUAUGUGUUUGGCAACCUCCCUGAGCUGACGAUGUGUGCUGGGGAUGAUGUUUCAUGGCACCUCUUCGGGAUGGGAAAUGAAAUUGAUGUUCAUACAGCCUUCUUCCAUGGAGCAACACUCAAUAUCCGAGGCCACAGGACAGACGUGGCCAGCCUCUUCCCAGCCACUUUUGUUACAGCAGACAUGAUCCCCAGUAACCCUGGGAGAUGGCUGCUGAGCUGCCAGGUCAAUGAUCACAUACAAGCUGGAAUGGGAGCACUCUAUGAAGUCCGGCCCUGUUCUCGGCAAGCUCUGCCAUCCACCCUGGAAGGGAGAGUUCGGAAGUACUACAUAGCUGCCAAGGAAGUGCAAUGGGACUACGGACCCUCAGGGCUCGAGCAGAGCAGUGGGAGGCGGCUGAGUGAGGCAGGCAGCCCUGCUGAGCAGUAUUUCAGGCGUAGCCUCUACCGCAUUGGGGGUGUCUACUGGAAGGCAAAGUAUGUAGAGUACACUGAUGAGAGCUUCCGUGAAGAAAAGCAGCAAUCAGAAGAAGAGAAACACCUUGGAAUACUCGGUCCAGUGAUCAAAGCUGAAGUUGGAGACACCAUCCUCGUGACAUUUUUUAACAAAGCUUCCUGGCCCUUCAGCAUCCAGCCACACGGAGUGUCCUACGGAAAGGCGUGGGAAGGGAUGUGGUACCAUGACGGCCUGUCCCAGAAUGGGAUGUCUGUGGCACCACUGCACAACUUCACAUACCGCUGGACUGUGCCCAGGCAUGUGGGGCCCAUGGCCAGCGACCCUCCCUGCCUCACCUGGAUGUACAGCUCAGCUGUGAACCCUGUCAAAGACUCCAGCUCGGGCUUAGUGGGGCCUCUGCUCAUCUGCCAGCCAGGCACUUUGGAUGACAACAACAAACAGAAAGGGAUCGACAGAGAAUUUUACCUUCUCUUCAGUGUGUUUGAUGAGAACCUCAGCUGGUAUUUAAAUGCCAACAUAAAGUACUACUUGAGAAUGGAAGAGACAUCUGUAAAGAAGGAUGAUGGCUUCAAGGAAUCCAACAGGAUGCAUGCCAUCAAUGGAUUUAUGUUUGGUAACUUGCCUGGGCUGGAUAUGUGUGAUGGAGACAAAGUGUCCUGGCACCUCCUGGGCUUGGGCAGUGAAGCGGAUGUGCACGGAGCUGUGUUUCAGGGAAACACCCUGCAGAUGAACGGCAUGCGGAGAGAUUCAGCCAAUCUGUUCCCCCACACGUUUGCCACUGCCUUCAUGCAGCCAGAUAACAGCGGGACUUUUGAGAUCUACUGCCAGACGAGCAAUCACUACCAGUAUGGGAUGAGGGAACAGUAUGUCGUUUCCAAGUGUGGAAAGAGGGACCCUGCUCCUUCCCGUCGGUACACGGGAGUGCGGACGUACUACCUCGCGGCGGAGGAGGUGGUGUGGGACUACGCGCCCGACCGGAGCUGGGAGAGGGAGCGGCACAACCACUCUGAAGAGAGCUAUGCCGACGUGUUUCUGAGCAACGAGAACGGACUGCUCGGCUCCAGGUACAAGAAAGCAGUUUACAGGGAGUACAUGGAUGGCACUUUCCAGACCCCCAAGGCCAGGAAAAGUGGUGACGAACACCUAGGGAUCCUGGGUCCUUUUCUGUGGGCGGAAGUGGGCGAGAUUCUCAACGUGGUGUUCAAGAACAACGCCUCGCGGCCCUACUCCGUGCACGCACACGGGGUGCUGGAGCCCCACGCAGGGCAGCCCCAAGUGGCAAACCCCGGUGACAUUGUGACGUACCGGUGGGAAGUUCCUGAGAGAUCUGGUCCAGGGCCAAAUGAUUCAGCCUGUGUUCCUUGGAUCUACUACUCCGCGGUGGACACAGUAAAGGAUAUGUACAGUGGGCUGAUCGGGCCCCUGAAGGUCUGCCGGAGAGGGGCCCUGCGGUCCGAUGGCACCAGGAAGGAUGUAAAGAGGGAGUUUGCUCUGCUGUUCCUGGUUUUUGAUGAAAAUCAGUCCUGGUACUUGGAGGAGAAUGUGGAACAUUACAGUAAGGGCAAUCACAAGGAGAUCAGCCUGAUGGAUGAGAAAUUUGUGGAAAGCAACAAAAUGCAUGCAAUCAAUGGCAGGCUCUAUGCCAACUUGCCUGGGCUGACCAUGUACCAGGGAGAGCGGGUGAACUGGUACUUGCUGGGGAUGGGCCAGGAGAUUGAUGUCCACACAGUCCAUUUUCAUGCUGAGACCUUCAUAUACAAGAAUGGCAAAAGCUAUAGAGCAGAUGUUGUAGAUCUGUUCCCUGGGACCUUUGAAAUGGUGGAGAUGCUGGUUGGGAACCCUGGGACGUGGCUGCUUCACUGUCAUGUGUCUGACCAUAUCCAUGCUGGGAUGGAGAUCCUCUUCACCGUCCUGCCUAGAGCAGAGUUGGAGCUGGAAGUCGAGAGCGUUACUGCAGGGUUGCCAUAUGAGGAUGAGGAUGAGUUCCAGAAGAUCAUGCUUUUUGGAUCUAAGGUGGCCCAAGGGCAGAUAGAGGCCACAGUCAUCGCUCUGGCUGUUGUAGGGAUCCUGCUGCUCCUGGCCACCAGCAUCCUCCUGGGAGCUGUCAUCCAUCUCGAGAGGCAAAAGAGGUUACGACGCAAUCGGAGAUCCAUCCUGGAUGAUGGAUUCAAACUCAUGUCUCAAAAGAAUCCGGGGCUCUAAAAGCCACGUACAAACAUUGGGCUGUGUGCUUGGAGCGGGGGCUGGAUCCUUGUCCACAGAAAAGAUUUUGGGGCAUCAUUUCAAUUGUGCACUGUACUUCUAGAAGCUGAGGUGGGGAAGCUGGAACCCUGACUUCUUCAUAUUCUUUACAGAGAGGGUAAUCAGGCAUUGGAAUGGGCUGCCCAGGGAAGUGGUGGAUUCUCCAUCCCUGGAGGUUUUUAAGAUGAGACUGGAUGUGGCA